UUCAGCAUGUUUUCCCUUAAGAAAAAUUCGUACUAACUGUUUGCAAGCACUUGAUUGUGAUGAUAGUGUAUUCGACCCGGUAAAUUUGACUAAAGAAUCCAGCGUGCUGGGUUUAAAUUAUUCUCCAAAACUCGACAUCAUUCAAUUUCCCGCGAAGGUGGAAUCGCCACCGCAAAUUGUUACAAAAAAGGUCGUAAUAGCUACUAUUUCUAAAAUAUUUGAUCCGUUGGGAUUAAUUUGUGCAUGCAUUAUUAAAACUAAAAUAUUUUUACAACAAUUAUGGGUCAUAAAAUUAAAUUGGGACGACCCCAUACCACAAAUUCUAUUGGAUACGUGGUUAAAAUUUAUUUCUAAUUUACAUUACAUUUCUAAUAUUAAAAUUAAUAGAUAUGUUCUUUGCGAUAACCCCGUGUCAAUAGAAUUGCAUUGUUUUGUUGAUGCGUCACAGAAAGCAUAUGCCUCAUGUGUAUAUUUACGGUCAACAAAUGAAAAAAAUGAGGUCACUGUUAGACUUUUGUGCGCAAAGGCACGUGUUGCACCCUUAAAACCUAUUACUAUACCGAAAUUGGAAUUACUUGGUACUUUGCUGGGAGCUAGAUUAUGUGAUAAAAUUAUACAGUCAUUACGAUUUAAUAUAACUAACAAAACUAUUUGGACAGAUUCGACAGUUGUCUUAGGUUGGCUAAGAACUGAUGUAAGAAAUCUUAAAAUGUUUGUCUGCAAUAGGGUUAAUGAAAUUAACGAGCUAACAAGUGGUUUCGAACACAGACAUGUACCUACGAAUAUGAACCCAGCUGACUUGGCCUCAAGAGGAGUUGAACACCAGGACCUUUUAUCUUCUUCAUUGUGGUGGGAAGGUCCUUCUUUCCUACAGAAGGAGCGUUCAGAGUGGCCACAGAAUUCUUUCGUAGUUCAAAACUUACCUGAGUUAAAGGUCAACAGCUGCUGUUAGCGUCAGUGCGUGAUAAAUACUGGCCUAUUGGUGGAAGAUGUUUAGCGCGGCAAGUAGUUAGACAAUGUAUUAUUUGCGUUCGUCUAAGAGCGGAUACGAUGCAGCCAAUAAUGGGUCAUUUACCUGAGGCGCGUACAAAUGCUUGUUUUCCUUUCUACUCGUGUGGAGUUGACUUUGCUGGACCUUUCAUGAUUAGUAACCGGAAAGGUCGUGGUAAUCGUAUCACUAAAUGUUACUUAUGUUUAUUUGUUUGCCUCAGUACAAAGGCAAUACAUUUAGAGCUGGUGAGUGAAUUGAGUACUCAAGCUUUUAUUUUAUGCCUAAGACGGUUCAUAUCACGUAGAGGAAAAUGUCAUGAGAUUUUUUGCGACAACGGCAGGAAUUUUGUGGGUGCGAACAAUGAACUGGGUAGGUUGCUUAGAUCCAGCCGUCAGUCUGUUAGUGAUUAUGCUACUUCUGAAGGAAUCAAAUUUGUAUUUAGCCCCGCAUAUUCUCCCCACUUUGGUGGUAUAUUUGAAGCUGGAAUUAAAUCAGCAAAAUUUCACUUAAAACGUGUAGCUGGAAAUGCUGCUUUGACGUUUGAGGAGCUAGCAACGCUAUUUGCGCAAAUCGAAGCUAUCCUUAACUCACGUCCGCUGACUCCUCUCUCGUCCAAUGUUACUGAUCCUUCUCCUCUGACCCCAGGCCACUUCUUAAUUGGGAGACCACUUACGUCUAUUCCGACGAAGCCCAUCACUGCUACUAGACCAAACAGAUACGAGCUUAUUGAGAAAAUAAGGCAGCACUUCUGGGAGCGGUGGCGCCUUGAGUACAUCUCCGAGUUGCAGCAACGCACCAAAUGGCGCACCGGGCAACAAGGCCUCGCCUGCGGGGACGUGGUGGUACUGAAGGAGGACAACUUACCGCCAUUACAAUGGCGGAUGGGGCGUGUGUGUCGCCUCUACCCAGGGGCCGAUGGCGUUAGUAGGGUGGCUGACGUCACUACUUCGAGGGGCAUUAUACGAAGGGCUAUCAAUAAACUAUGUCUUCUGCCCACUUCAGAAUCGAAAGAUGACAACGAACCAGAGGGAGGCGUCCCGAGGCUCCAGACCUCGUCUACUUCUUGAAAGCUAAUGCUUUCAACGCGCCGGAGGAUGUUCACGCAUCUAACGUGUGGACCACAGCGGCGGGAGACGCGGCGGGCGGGGGACGCACACAGCUGAUCGGGCGCACCGCCGCCGCGCCCCGAUCGGCUCGCCGACAGAUUUGGUCAGCGACAGACGUGUCGUGCUCUAAGAAAUUACUCAUAUAUUUAAUCGAUCUGUAUUAAAGUAAUUAUUUAUCUAAAGCGAGUCGUUCAUUAUUAAAAUCCUGAA